AUGCCUACCGGGAGAGAGUUGAUGUCAAGGAACCCACUCACUCCUUUCCAUCGGCAUGGUAAUACCUCGAUUCAAGCCUCUUCUCGAGGUCAGGUCACGACAGGUGAGCAUGAGCAAGAUCAAGGAGCGCGACUCCGGCAAGCUAGAGUCGAGAUCCAACAGCUCGAGCAGGCCAUAAAAAACAUGAAGUGCGGCGACAGUCUCGAGGAGGUCAGCACGGUGCUGAUGAAAUCGCCUGAAUGGACCGUGACGUUUCAGCAUGCGACCUAUACGCUGUCGGCGGUCAAGAUCGGGAGGAUGUUGCUGCAAGACGCGCAAGCGCAGCUUCCAGCAGCAGCAGCAGCAGCAGCAGGGAGACGACAGGUCCAAGAUCACCAUGUCUGCACGGACGACCAGUACAGAGCGAUAGUGAACGAGACCAUGGCGAGGAUGAGAUGUGGAAUCAAGAUCGAAGAGGCAUUGACUCAAGCCAAGGCUGAAGUCGAAGCUGGACGUAUCUAG